AUGUCGGCUGGCCCUUCCGUGAUCCGCAAGUCCAAGUCGGCCCGCGCGCGCUCCAACCUUGAGCUCGUCAACUCACUGCGCGAAAACUUUACAGCCGCCAAGCUCGACUACGCGACAUUCCCUCCACAGACCAAUGGCCACGCUCCGGCCCCUAUCCCCCCUGCGGUCGAGGUGUGGACCGACAGAACCUCAAACGGCUUCGAGAACGGCGCCGGCGGCGACAUCUUCGUCCCGCGCAUCCACUGGGAAGGCGCGGCUCUUCAAGACGACGCGAGCCAAUAUGAGAUCACCGUCAAGCUCUUUUUCCUGCCGCCCGCCGCCACUGCCACGGCGCACGACCCGGCCAGCCUGGCCGCUGAGCGUGCGCGCUACGUUGAGGAUGCUCUGGGCCUUGUGACGCGCGAGCUCGGCGUUGCCACCAUCGACCUGCUUGUCGCCUCGUUCCCAGGCAUGUCGUUUGAGGGAACGUGCGAGUGGGAGGCGGAUAAGCAUAACGCGCAGCAGGGUAACCUGGAGGACGAGGUCGCCACCUGGCGCGUGCUGGAGGCGCUCCAGAAGCAAGGCUGCGUGCGGCGGCUUGGCGUCGCCGAGUUUGGCAGCGAGAAGCUCGCCGCCUUCAUUGCGCGCGCCGCUGUGCCACCCGCCGUCGACCAGAUUAACCUCAAGGACUGCUGCAAUGUACCGCCGCCCCUUAAGCAGCUCGCUGCGCAACACGGCAUCGAGCUGAACGUCCACGCCGACUGCACCGACAUUCUACCCCCGGGAACCCUGCGCGAGCUGCUUGGUCACGGCCCUCAGGGCGCCGGUCUGCUUGCCGACCCGGAGUACCCUGGCGAGCCCGGCUUGGCGGGCGAGAUUGUACCUCAGUGGGUGGUGCGGUACGUCGCAUUUGUGCGCGACCGAGGCGUCAUCGAGAAUAAGGGCUAUUUUGCCGGCGCGGAGCUGGUCAACUAA